GUACGUGUGAAAUAAAAAUUUAAUAAAAACCAAAAUGGAUAUCGAUUUUAAAAAUAAAGUUGUCAUAGUAACGGGUGCGAGCUCCGGUAUAGGCGCAGAAGUUGCUAAACUAUUCGCAAGAUACGAAGCAAAACUGGUCCUAGUCGGACGUAACGAAGAGAGACUGAAAACUGUAGCAGAAGAUUGUACUGUCAACGGAUUACUACCAUUAUGCAUACUCCUCGAUCUAACACACCCUGGUAGCUGUGAAACUGUCAUUAACCAAACCAUUGAAUUACACGGCAAAAUAGACGUGUUAAUAAAUGGCGCUGGUAAACUAAAAAUGGCAUCAAUAUUUGAUCAAUCCAUUGAAACAUUUGAUGAAAUAAUCGCAAUUAAUCUUCGUGUACCGUAUUACUUGUGUCAAUUAGCUGUACCAUAUUUAAAGAAAACUAAAGGUAACAUAGUAAAUAUAGCAGCAUCACUUUCUCACAGACAUACUUCAGGAUUUUUGACUUAUAAUAUUACUAAGAAUGCUCUCCAGCUAUUCACAGAACAAGCAGCAGUGGAAGCCACUGGUGAAGGAAUAAGAAUAAAUUCAAUUAACCCGGGAUUCACGAAAACAAACUUACUUCGAAAUAUAAACAUCGAGCCUCAAAAUUUGGAAGCUGCGUAUAAAAAUAUAUCAAAACACUUCCCAACAAGACUUCCAAUCGAAGCCUCAGAAGUGGCAAAGUUAAUAUGCAUCAUAGCUAGUGAUUUAUUCCCAGAUAUUAACGGUUCUAACAUCGGAAUAGAUGGGGCAUCGUCCGUACUUUAGCAACUUAGGCAACUA